AUGCACGAAAUUGAGAUGCUGAAGAGUAAGGUACGGCAAUUAGAGAACGAACUGGCUAAAUCAACAAAAAGCCAUACUGAGACUAGCGCCCCGACUCCGGUUUCUGACAUUGAGACAACACAUUCUCACUUGGCUGGGACAUUCCAUAUCCACAACACAAGCCUUCCUUCAAACGAAGGCCAAAUGGUUAGACGCAGCUUCAUUCAUAAGAGACGUCUUUUCGGCCAAAGCCAUUGGAUAAGUAGCAUGAUACUGUUCCGUGAUAUUGUCGAAAUGAUUGAGCCAUAUCUCAUGACUGAAGGGUCAAACGUUGUCCUGGGUCUCCAAAAAUGCAAACGUCUCGGGAAAAGGAUCAAGGCACAACGAACACCUCAAUGGCCGGCACCGAUCACCACCGAUUUGCCCUCAAAGGAUAUCUGCGAUGCGCUCGUUGAUUGUUAUCUUCGAACAUCUGAAAGAGUCUACAGGGUAUUGCACAUCCCAUCAUUCAAAAGAGAUUAUGUCACGUUCUGGGAUUCUGGAACCCGAUAUGAUCCCAUGUUUUUGGUGCAGUUGAAAUUGGUCCUCGCCAUUGGGUGCACGACUUAUGAUGAUGAAUUAUCGCUACGUUCCUUGGCAGUCCGAUUCAUUUACGAAGCUCAAACAUGGCUUGCUGAGCCUGAAUAUAAGGCACGUCUUGGGAUUCAAUUCUUGCAAGCACACAUCCUGUUCCUCCUGGCCAGGGAAUUGCUGGGCGUGGACGGAGGAAUGAAUUGGAUUGCAGCAGGCACCUUGAUUCGAACAGCUAUAUAUAUGGGACUACACAGAGAUCCAAUUCAGAUACCAAACCUAUCGGAAUUUGCAUCGGAGAUGCGCCGAAGGUUGUGGAAUACGAUUUUGGAGGUUUGCCUGCAAUCUAGUAUGGAGUCCGGAGGACCUGCACUCAUCUCGGUCGAAGAAUUUGACACAGAGCCCCCGAGAAAUUUCGAUGAUCAUGAUAUUGAAGCCGAAGAACCUAUACCCCAUCCAGAGAAUCAGUUUACGUCAUCAUCUAUAGCUAUUGCUUUCCGAAAGACAUUUCCGAUUCGACUUGCCAUCGCCAAAUUCUUGAAUGACUUCGGCGGUCAAGGCUCGUAUGAAGAAGCUAUCCGUCUGGAUGCAACACUGAGAGCUUCGUAUAAAGAAAUGCGUCGGACUAUCCAGGGAUAUUUCAUACAGCCUUCUCAAUUCGAGGUCCUCAUGCUAGACUUUGUCAUCCGUCGCUACCUCCUUUCAAUUCACAUCCCAUUUUUUGGGCCGUCAUUCCUGGGAACGACCUAUGCCUUCUCCAGAAGUGUUGUUAUCGAUACUGCGCUCAAAUUGUUCAACUGUUCUCGUAUAGCAUUACCUUCAACAGCAAGCUCAUUAUUGACCCAAAGCACGACACCCAAUCAAAUCGAUUUCGGGCGACUGACAAUGAGCGGGUCGGGGUUCUUUCACACGCCAUUCUUGCAUUCGAGCUUCAUAAUAGCGAUUGAAUUAAAAAGCCAAUUUCUGGAGGAAGAGGGCUUGGGACCUGUCUCCAUAAGACCUGAUCUUCUUUCCGUGAUACAUGACGCCAAAGCUUUGAGCUUAAAAUAUAUCAAGAUCGGGGAAACCAAUAUCAAGGGUUAUUUGUUCAUGUCACUUGUUUCCACCCAGCUGGAUGCUUUGAUGCAAGGAGUUUCGAAAGAUGAAAUUCCGAAGCUGUUAAUCAAGGCUGCCGAAGAGGCUGAAGAUAAGUGUCUGUCAAUUCUCGAGCCUAUGGCGGCCAAGGGCCAGAAUGAGAAUAUUGGAGAACCCUCCGAGGCUGAAUCCACGACUUCACUCCCUGAUAUGAUUAAUGACUGGGAUUCCAUGAUGUCUGAUGGGAAUUUCAACUUCGACAUGGAGCCUUUCGAGAAAGUUUUGUUCUAA